CCGGCGAUUAUGGGCAGCCGCAAGGAAGCGAUUGCAGCGAGAGGCUGGCAGACAGUAAUCUUUAAAUCUGUAAUGUUCAAAAGGGUUUCUCGUGUCUUGAUUGUUUCUGCUUCUGAUUCAAUCAUUCAAUUGAGAAAGAUUUUUGAGGAAGACAAUAGAGACACACACCGAUUGAAGUCGAUAGGAAUUCAAAUCAACUCUUGCAUGUUGCUGUUGGUGUACAAUCUGGAUGGACCCGAACCGGUCCGACAGGAAAGAUAGGCUCGUAUACUCAAUAUUGAGAUUUGCGGCAGGGUUCUUAGUUCUUACCUUGCCGUAACCUGAGUGUAUUGUCCUUCUACAAGUGGCUUGAUCGUCUCAACGAGAGUGCUGGAUGAUAUAUUUGAUUCGGGUUAAAUUGGGUUUGAUCAGUGCUUCCUGUCUCUGGUUUAUGUAUAGGACUCUUUCCUGCUUGGAAUAAGUUUUAACUAGAUUGUAUAAUGUUGAAAUGCCCAUUCUUGGUUCAUGUUGCAUGUAAUUUUUUUAACAGUGAAGUAGAAUAAGUUUGUUAAUUUGCUUGUUUCGUGUAAAAGUUGGACACAAUAUUGUCAUGAGCAUGUUUAGGACCAGGUUUUUUGGGAGGACACUCUUGGCUGCAGCCAAAUCAGAAGUUUCUGCUGCAGGUGCUGCAGCCAAGUCAGAAUCUUCUGCUGCGGGUGCUGCAGCUGCUGCUUCCGCUAGGACAUCAUACAAUCCUUUGGAGGAGUUCUUUGAGGCAGAUAGAAGUCAUGAUGACGACAAACCGGUUGUUUAUGGUCGCAGUUGGAAGGCUUCUGAAUUGCGUCUCAAGUCUUGGGAUGAUCUUAACAAGCUAUGGUAUGUGCUAUUGAAGGAGAAGAACAUGCUUAUGACUCAAUGUCAAAUGCUUCAUGCACUGAACCUACGAUUUCCAAAUCCAGAACGUCUCCCCAAGGUGAGGAAGUCAAUGUGUCAAAUCAAACAUGUACUCACAGAGAGAGCAAUUGAAGACCCUGAUCCUAGGAGGUCUGCUGAGAUGAAGAGGAUGAUAAAUGCUUUAUGAUGUCUUUGAACUCUCUCUCUUCCCC